AUGAGUCGUCUUCUUUGCCUCUGCGCCGCUUUGGUGAUAAUUGUGAACGCUGCAGAUAACGACAACAUAACGAUUCCCGAAUUCCCAAUUGAAUUGCCCGAUGGCUCCGAAAUCAAAAGCCUCCCGGAAUCGUUCGAAAUUUUUAAUGGUCUCGAUGAAAAGAGUCGAGUGAUCGCCAACAAGGACCUCCUCAAGGUGUUGUUCUUGGCGAAAUCGAAGAGUGACAAGGGCACCAUUGAGAACAACCCGUUCACCAUUGGCGAACUCUUGUCCCAUCUCUAUGAGCAAAUGGAGUGGGGCGAGAAGGGACCACCGGGCGGAUUCACAUUCGAUCUCGAGUUCAACACCAAUACCAAACAGAAGCGCGAGGCGCUUCGAAGCAACGACAAAUACCGCGUCGCUUCUCUCGAGUUCACCAAAAAGAGUAAGCGAGGUGUGAAGCUUGAUGAGCAAUUCUGGAAGGAGUUUUUCGCCGCCUAA